AUGUUUUCUACUGAGAAACGUUGUGCUUCAUGCAAGCUUAUGAGUCAUAGUCGUAAAUCCAGUGUCCUUUGUCCUUUGUAUAAGAAACGAAAUACACUUUAUAUCCCUCAGAAAAGAACAAAUGAGAAUAUUUCAAUUGAAGAAGAUUUUCCUGCAGAGAGUAGUGGAUACACAGUUGUUGAUCCAACUAUUAUCCUUGCUGAAGAACCUACCAGUGAGCAUGAGGAAGAAAUCAUGACAAUAAAUGAAAGCACUGCUACCCGUCAUUGUCCAAGCUGUUUGGGAACAAAUCAUCUUCGAAUAACUAACCUGAUGUGUCCUGACAAUGUACAGAUACCGGUACAAAAUCAGAAUCCUCAAAACCAGAACGUUGCCAACAUUUCCAGACUCCAAAAUAUCUCUGAGCCAGAAAUUGAUAGCAGAGGGAAUAUGGAUGUUGCCUGUAGAUUUUGUGGCGCAUUGAUGCGGUUGAAAGAGAAGGACACUGAUUCGCCUAUCCGCAGAUCGAAAUUUAACAUGUGCUGUGGCAAGGGAAAAUAUGUUCUUCCUUCUCUUGAGCCAACACCACCUGGAAUUUCUGAGCUUAUAAAUUACAGGACAUCCGAUGGAAAACAUUUUCUCAGUAAAAUUAGAGGCCACAACAGCACCUUAAGCUUCACAUCGUUGGGAGCUAAAAUCGACAACUCUGUGGCAAAUAACCAAGGUGGUGCGUACUGCUUCAGAAUACAUGGCACUGUAUAUCACAGAAUUGGGUCUAUUCGUCCAUCAAGAGCACAAGAUAUUGAUCACCCUCAACUUGCUCAAGUAUACAUAUAUGAUCCAGCAUCGCAAGCCCAACACCAUUACCAUCAUGCUCCAUACUUGAAAGCAGAUAUUCUGGAGAAAAUUCGAUUGAUUCUCAUAGAGACAAAUCCUGUUGUUUCUCUGUUCGGAUCAAUGGAUCAAGUAUUACAUGAGAAUGGACAUGUAAAAGAUGUUGCUAUAUGCUUGGUUGCUGAAGGUCCCCAAGAUCAAAGAUAUAAUGCACCAACUGCUGACGAGAUUGCUAUUCUAAUUAUGAAUAAUGAAAGGGGUUCUUCUAGAGACAUCUACUGCACACACAAACCAACCAGUUACAAAAAAUAA